AUGUGGGCAGUGGUAGACGGUCAGGAGGGAGAACUGCUGUCUGAGAAGGAAAGAGCGCGAAGAGAAGAGGCGAAUCGUCUCUUCAGCGUGGCUAAUGCAUACAGAGAACAAGGUGAUCAUGUACAUGCAGCAGAGAUCUUCGAGGAGGUCGCGGACCUCGCAUACGACAACCCUGAUGCCCAAUACCAUGCCGGCAUGGCACACUUGCAGGCGGGAAGGCUCGACGACGCCAAGUUUCGAUGGGAAAAAUGCCUUGAGCUUCAGCAGGACCACUCGGUCGCCAUGUUCAAUCUUGCGACGCUCUUUGCUGAAACAGGGAACGUGGUCAAGGCAACAGAGAUGAUGCACAAGGUGCUGCAGCUCCAGCCUGAGGAUCCUGACAACUAUAAAACGCUGGCCAUCCUUCUGUUCAAGCAAGACAAGAACCAAGAAGCCAUCGCUGAGUAUAUGAAAUGCAUCCACAGGGAGCCAUUGCAUGCUGAUUGCUAUUGCGGGAUGGGGAAUGCCUUUGUGCGCAUUGGGAAAUAUGAUGAAGCGCAAGAAGCCUACACAGCUGCAGCAAACAUUAACCCGAACGAAGCUGGAUACUCGAAUAACAUCGGAAACCUUCUGGUCAGACACCAUCGCUUCAAUCAUACAGCCCAGCAGUUAGCGAUCAAAUAUCUUAAGAAUUCUGUUUCUCUCGAUGGUACCUAUGCCGAUGGAUACUUUAAUCUGGGCGAAGCUUAUUCGGCUGUAUCUCAAUAUGACUUCGCCAGUCGGCGGCGAGAAUAUGACGUCACAAUCUGCCCGAAUCCUCUAGAGUCCCUAUCGUACGAAUUGUCGCUCAAUGUACUGCGGCAUAUCGCCGAGGCUCAUGGGCAGGAAGCACGAACUUUUGUGAGGAAUUUUCAGCGUUUUCCAUUGAAUCCUUUACCCAUGACAGAUGGAGUACUGAGAGUGGGUUACGUCUCAAUAGAGUUGCGUGACAGGCCAGUGGGAAAGGACAUGGUUUAUGCCUUCCGAGCGCAUGACCCUUCUAAAGUGUCCCUGAUAUGCUUUUCUCUGAAUCCGAACCCGAGGGAAGGAGUUGAUAGCGAGGAAACUCUGUCAUGGCAUCGGAAGAUGAAAGCUGAAUGCAAGGGAGGGUAUCUGGACCUGAGCUCUACCGCCUUCUAUGAAACCGCCUCGGCCAUCAACCGCGAGCAGCCUCAUGUGCUGAUCAACCUGGACGGUUGGACUUCAGCGCCCUUGAUCAACGAGAUCUUCAUCCUCUCCCCUGCUCCUAUCCAGCUGAGCUUCAAAGGAUUCCCCGGCACCACAGGCAUAGCUGAGCAUCACGGAAUCGUUGCGGACCGGAAAGUCAUCCCUCCUGAAUUCUCGGAGUUUUACGUGGAGAGGCUGGUUUACAUGCCUCACAGCUAUCACUACAACGGCCAUGACAGUCUCUAUGCACACCUUGCUGAGCUCGACCCUUCCUCCUGGCCCAGUCAGUUCUUCCCUGCAGAUGCGAUCGACUCGUUCAUCCUGUGCAACUUCAACCAAUUCUACAAGAUAACACCCAAGGUUUGGCAACUCUGGAUGCACUUGUUGGGUCAGGUUCCUGAUUCUAAGCUCUGGCUUCUCUCGUGGAAUGAAGCUGGCAAGCAAUCUCUCCUACGAUACGCCAAGCAGUCAGGCAUCCCCUCCGAUAAACUGAUUUUCACUACCUUCUUUGAGGAAAAAUGGCACGUCGCGUCUAAGGCGAACUGUGAUCUCUUCGUGGAUACAAGGCCGUACGCGGCACAUGGGACAGCAGCGGACGCUCUCUUUGCAGGGCUGCCGAUCAUCUCUGCUCCUGGGGAGUCGAUGGCAUCGCGGGUGAGUCUGAGCCUGAGCCUGGCGUCAGGCAUCGGCGAUCUCUUCAUCGCUAGGAACGACCAGGACUAUGUCAGGCUUGCUCAACACUUCGCGCUGAAGGGGCGAAAGACGUUGAGAUCCUUGAAACAGGCGAUGCAAAGGUCAGCUAUCAAGUCUGCUGCCUUUGACAGUGCGAGAUGGGCGUCGAAU